AUGGCACCACCUCUUUGUGAUCCUGAAAACUACAAAGAUGCCACCUUUGCCUUCUACCGCUUCGCCCCGUCUGUCGAGGCGAAUAUUAUAUUUACGAAAAUAUGGUAUCUCUGGCCACUUGUCGUAGGCGGUGCAUGCGAAGCGGUUGGAUACAUCGGAAGAGUCCUGAAUGCACUCGAAGACGAGGGCUGCUGGAAUAUUGGACCAUAUGUCAUCCAGAAUACACUGAUUCUCCUCGGACCAGCAUUUAUGGCUGCAUCCAUCUAUAUGAUUCUCGGUCGCAUUAUCCUGCUCACUGCCGGGGAGCACCAUGCCCUAGUCAAGCGAAAGAGGCUUACCAAAACCUUUGUUUGGGGUGAUGUGGUUUCGCUCUGCACACAGUCCACAAGUGGCAGCAUCAUGGCCGCUCCAGAUCUCUGGCAAAUAGGCGAAAAGGUCAUCAUUGCUGGUCUUUUCGUCCAGCUUUUUAUCUUCUCUUGCUUCCUUGUUAUUGCUAUUAAUUAUCAUUAUCGUCUGGCCAAAUCGCCAACACCCGAAUCGAACAAUCCUAGCAUUCGAUGGAAGUGGUACUUAUUUACCCUAUACCUGACUGGAGGUUUGGUCCUCGUCAGAAGUGUCUUCCGGGUUGUUGAGUUUAUUGAAGGCAAUCAUGGUCCUAUCAUGCGAAGCGAGGCCUAUGUCUUUAUUUUCGACGGCUUUUUGAUGGUCCUAGUGCUUCUCUGGAUGAACUGGUUCCAUCCUGGCGAGAUUGGCCUAUUGCUCCGUAACGAGGUGCCUAUCACAAACGGACUUCAGUUGAUGAAGAUACGUCAGGGGCGAAAACGAUGCAACACGAUGGAAAGCCUGAACUCGAAACUUCCCCUAAUUGGCCGGUCGAAUGGAGUUGGGCACAAGGCAGUUUAA